GGCGUUAGGAGUCAGUUUCGGUGCGUCGCGGUCGCAUUUACACGUCGAGCAUGUGUCCUUCGCUAAGCGAGUGAAGAGAUCGAGAGCGUCGAGAGAAAGAAGUCUUCGACUGUCUAAACAAGUGGUAAACGAUAAUGUGCAGAAAAGCACAGCCGACGUCGAUGAUCAUGUUGAUGACGAUAGCAACAAUCGAGAGUGCCAUGGGUUAAAAGAAACCCCCUUUUCUCACCGGUUUACCCAUGGACGCAACGCGCGGAAAAUGGGUCCGGUGGACGCUGAUGGUCCUCUUCUUCGUCGCCACUGUGUGGAGCGGAGGUCUGGAUUUGCAAGGACCGCUCUUCCUGCAGGAACCACCGCACCGGGUCGAAUUCAGCAACAGCUCAGGUGGGAGAGUCGACUGCACCGCACACGGAAGUCCGUCACCGGAAGUGGAGUGGAUCCAGGCGGACGGAUCUCCGGUCCGACAGAUUCCUGAUCUGAGGUUGCUCUUUCCAAAUGGAUCGCUGAUCUUCCCGCCGUUCUCCAGCGACCGUUACAGACACGACGUGCACGCCGCCAUCUAUCGGUGCCGUUUGCGAAGUAGCCUGGGCAGCGUCCUCAGCAAGGAUGUCCACGUCAAAGCAAUUGUUAAGCAAAAGUACGACAUCCAAGUGCACGACGAAUACGUAAUAGGUGGUAAUACGGCCGUGCUGAAGUGCAAGAUACCCAGCUACGUCAACGACUACGUGAUGGUCACCUCCUGGGUGCAGGACUCUGCGAUCAACAUCUACCCGAACACGGACAUUGGUGGUAAAUACGUGGUGCUUGCAAACGGUGACCUCUACAUAAGCAACGCAGGACCAGGAGACGGCUACAAGAACUACGCCUGUCGCACCGUGCACAGACUCACAGGCGAGGUGCAGAUUAGCUCGUAUCCGGGAAGGGUCAUCGUCACCGAGGCCAAGGACACGGUGCAGCCGAGGAUCACGGUGGACAAGUACAAUGCUCGUCGCAUCGCUCUCGGAGAGGACGUCACGUUGCCGUGCGUUGCCCAAGGUUAUCCCAUUCCCAGUUACUACUGGAAACGCGAACUGCAGGGCCAGAGUGUACCUGUUGCGCUCGGCGAGAGGCUCACCAUCCUCACAGCCGGACUCCUAAAGAUCUCCAAGGUGCGUUUGGAGGAUCGAGGUAUAUACAUGUGCUACGCCAAUAAUUCUGCAGGAGAGGAAAGUGUUCGGGUAACCUUGGAGAUAACAGCUCCUUUAUCGGCGCACGUGCAGCCGCAAGUUCAAGUGGUUGACGUUGGUAAGCAGGCGAGUUUCCAAUGUAUAGUGGGUGGGCAUCCCGUGUCGCAGAUAAGUUGGUUGCAUAACGGGAAACCUAUUGCGCCUGACAACAGGGUGGAAGUGAUGGUGGAGCCACCUAGGCUGACCAUCAGGCAGCUAUCCAAAGACGAUCGAGGCAUGUACCAAUGCAUGGUGAGCAACAACUGGGAUCAAGCCCAAGCCACAGCUGAACUGGACAUGGGCGAUGCCGGCCCCGAAUUGGUCUACUGGUUCUCCGAGCAAACACUUCAACCGGGUCCGACAGUUUCUUUAAAAUGCGUCGCUUCUGGAAACCCUCCGCCCCAAUUCACUUGGACAUUAGAUGGUUUUCCAAUACCCGAUCAUCCUAGAUUCUUGGUUGGACAGUACGUCACUAUACAAGACGAUGUUAUAAGUCACGUGAACGUAACGAAUAUCAAAGCUGAGGAUGGUGGCGAAUACACGUGCACCGCUCACAAUUCGGUGGGGAAGAUUGCGCACAGCGCCAGAGUUAACGUGUUCGGAUUACCAUUCAUAAGGCAGAUGCCGAAGAUAACGGGCGUAGCAGGAAGCAGCCUCAUUAUCAAGUGCCCUGUGGCCGGAUAUCCGAUCGAGACGAUCAGCUGGGAGCGAGAAGGACAAAUUUUACCAGUCAAUCGUAGGCAGAGGGUUUACGCUAAUGGAACCCUCGUCGUCGAGCAAACUCAAAGGAAAGAAGAUGCCGGAACUUACACUUGUCAGGCGCAGAAUCGACAGAGGAAUUCCUCCAGGCGCGAUGUCGAAGUGCAAGUGAUCGUGCCUCCCAAGAUCCUUCCUAUUAAUCCGAUGACGGAUCUGCUGAGGGAGGGAAUGCGGGCGGCGAUAACGUGUCAGAUUAUGGAGGGCGAUCUUCCAAUCAACUUCCGGUGGGAGAGGAACGGAAAACCGGUUUCGAACAACGUCGCUUUGGGGACGGUCGUACGACGCAUCGAUGAGUUCUCUUCUUCGUUGGUCAUCGAUCAGGUGUCUUCCGCACACACCGGAAAUUACACGUGCAUCGCGAGCAACGUGGCAGGCGCCGAACGAUACGUCGUCCCUUUAACGGUGAACGUUCCACCCAGAUGGACGGUGGAGCCUUCAGAUUCGAACGUGGCGGCAGGACAGGAGGCGACGCUCAACUGUCAAGCCGACGGUUACCCGACACCUGCGAUCACUUGGAAAAGGGCUGUUGGAAGUCAACCUGGUGAAUACAAGGAUUUUAUGUUUGAGCCAAACGUGCAUCAGUAUCAGAACGGUUCGCUCAGUUUCUCUCACGUCUCGAAGGAGAACGAAGGUCAAUAUCUGUGCGAAGGGAAGAACAACAUCGGAACUGGCGUGAGCAAAGUGAUCUUCCUCAAAGUGAAUGCGCCCGCUCAUUUCCCGCAAAAAUCGAAGCAGAUUCAGGUGGUGAAGGGAGAGCAGGCGCAUCUCCAGUGCUCAGCAAUCGGCGACACUCCGAUGGAGAUCAUGUGGAAGAUGGGUGGACAGCAGAUUGCCAACGAGAUCGAUCAGAGGUACAGCAUCAGGGAGCAAACGUUGGCCGAAGGAAUGGUCUCGGAAUUGGGCAUCGAAAGAACCAUAAGACAGGACACCGGGGUCUUCACUUGCUCAGCUUCGAACGCUUACGGCCAAGAUAAAAUGAGCAUUCAACUGAUCGUGCAGGAGAUCCCCGAGUUCCCGAAGAACGUGCGCGUCACCGAACAAUUGAGUAGAUCCAUAGGGAUUUCUUGGACGCAACCGCACGCCGGCAACAGUCCAAUCAGUACGUACAUUGUGCAGUUCAAGCAGGGAUCUGAAUCUUGGCCGGCUCAACCUUCGAAGGUCUCCGUUCCCGGCUCGCAGACAUCGACGACGGUCGAGAAUUUGAAACCUUCGCAGAUUUAUCACUUGAGGAUUUUGGCUGAAAAUCGACUAGGAUUGAGCGAGCCGAGUCAGGUGGUGCAGGUGAGCACUCUGGAGGAGGUCCCGAGUGGCACGCCGUUGGAUGUUAGGGCGGAAGCGAAGAGCUCUUCGGAAUUGAUGGUAACCUGGGAACCGCCACCUAGAGAUAGCUGGAACGGGAAUCUCCUUGGUUACCACGUCGGUUACCAAGUGAUAUCCAAGGACACGCAGAAUUCCAACAAGUACACGUUCAAAAGCGUCGAAGUGCGACCUCAUUUCGGAGGUGAGGCAAUCCUGCAGAGUCUUCAGAAGUUUGCAACUUACAGCAUCAUUGUUCAGGCUUACAACAGUAGAGGAUCCGGACCUGUCAGCGAAUCUGUGACUUCACGAACUUUAGAGGAUUCUCCUUCGUUACCACCGGAUAAUCUGCAAUGUUCCGUGCUCAGCGCUCAAAGCCUCCUAAUUUCCUGGGAACCUCCAUUGGCGGAAGGACGAAACGGCGUUAUUCAAGGCUACAAGAUCACUUACCAUUCUGUGGGUGAAUGGUUCGAUAAUGAUGAUCAGCAAACGAAAGUCAUCACGCAACUGCGAACAACCAUUUCCGGUUUGAGGAAGUACACUAACUACUCGAUAACUGCUCUGGCAUACACCGCAACGGGUGAUGGAGUUCGAUCUGAACCUGUCUACUGUCACACCGAAGAGGACGUUCCAUCAGCGCCAGAGGAGAUCAAGGCCGUUCUAAGCGGCUCCAAUCGUAUACUAGUUUCGUGGCUUCCGCCCAAGUUCAGCAACGGCCCUUUAACCGGAUACACUUUCUACAUGAGCACCCUGGUGGAUGGGAAGGAAGAGGGCACCAACAAACGGGUGCUCAGUCCUGCGACGGAGAUGCACGAGACAGUGAGGCUGCAGGACACGGCCACCUGCCAAUUCUGGGUCACCGCCUCGACAAGGGUGGGUGAAGGGGAAAGCACUAGAGUCGUGACGGUGUCUCUGUCGAAGACUGUACCAGCGAGGAUCGCUUCCUUCGGAAGAGAUGUUAUCAGCGCUUGGAAGCAGGACAUAACGUUACCUUGCAAGAGGGUUGGAAGUCCACUUCCGACGCCCGUUUGGAGAUGGAACGAUCAGGCUUUGGAGGUUGGUGGUCGCAGGAUCAUCACUUCCAAUGCUACGCUUAUUAUCAAGGAUGUGCAGAGCGUCGAUCAGGCCAAUUAUUCCUGCAGCGUUGAGAAUCAGUAUGGAAGGGAUACAGUUAUUUACAAUUUGAGGGUGCUGGUGCCUCCGGAACCACCGGUUCUUGCAGUCAUCGAUUCCUUUGCGGAUAGUCUGAAUCUCAGGUGGAGCGAUCAAAAGAACGGAGGUUCUCCUAUUCUCGGGUACGUUAUUAACUACAAGAGGGAUCACGGCGAUUGGGAAGAGCUGCAAAUCUCCGCACGCACCGACGAGCACAUGUUGAGGAACCUCUGGUGCGGUACAAUGUAUCUGCUAUACAUCACGGCCUACAACAGAAUCGGCACAGGAUUACCAUGCGACAUAGUCACAGCACACACAAAAGGAACAGUUCCGGUGAAACCGAAGCAAUCGCAGAUGCUGACGAUGAACGCGACCGUGGUGACCGUAUGGCUGGACUCGUGGGGUGACGGCGGUUGCGGUAUCCUAUACUUCGCCAUCGAGUACAGAAGUCUGCGGCACAUGUCGUGGAUCAUGGCCUCGAAUCACGUGAAACCGACGGAGAGGAUAUACAGCAUCACCGAGCUGUGGCCUGCUACCGAGUAUCAGCUCAAGGUGACCGCGCACAAUAACGCCGGUGAUUCCCCUGCCAUCUACAAUUUCACAACCUUAACUUUACUUGGAGUUGCUCCAGAACUGGCGCCACCUGUCUCGCAUUCCGGUGAUCAUCCUCUAGCGAACGCGCGCGUUUGGGUGCCUAUCAUCCUCUCGAUUUUGGUGCUCGUCGCUCUUGUGGCAACACUGUUUUGGCGUAGAAGUAAGUUAAUUUAAAGCAGAGUUUUCCAA